ACUUAACAUUGUCCAUUCUUGACUCACUUGUGGGGUUUUUUGGGGGUUUUUUGCCUUGUGGUCAUUUUCAAGCUUGUUUUUUGUAUUUUAGCUUAAGAAAUGACAGUAUUUUGCCCAUUUUACUGUCAAAGGGUAUUAAAUUUGUGUAUUUUGAGGGCAUUUUUUGUAUAAAACUUUGACAAAUCCAGUUUUUUGGGAAAUCUGCUAACACAAGGGACAUAGGAAAACUAUCUAAAACUACCGCUUAAAGGUGCACUGUGUAACUUUUUGGUUGAGGGUCCGUCACCUAGCCUGAUUCAUCAGCUGGUUUUACUUCGUUUCACUUCGUACAAACCGUCUGACCUCGCAGUGUUAGAAUCCGUUCACUCAACGGUAGAGUGCAGAUUUUGUUAGUAACGCCGGCUACGAGGCUCUGACUCAGAGACUCAACGAUGGGCGGCGGACGUGCAAAGAGCUGGAGGAUUUAUUAAAGAUGAGAGCCUCGGCCGAAGAGAAGUAUGGCAAAGAGCUGGUGGCCAUCGCACACAAAGCAGGAGGCCUUUUUGAAAUAUGCACACUAAGAGCAUCGUUUGAUGAAAUGAAAAGGGAAAUCGAAAGCGUUGGGAGGCAGCACAUGCAGCUGGCGAUGGCGCUCAGGGAGGAGGUGAAGAGGAUGGAGCAGUUCAGAGAGAGACAGAAGGAGCAGAGGAGAAAGUUUGAAAGUGUGGUGGAGAAGAUUCAGAAAACUAAAGUCUCCUUUUAUAAGAAGACCAUAGAUUCGAAAAAGACUUACGAACAGCGCUGCAGAGACGCCGAUGAAGCCGAACAAACUGCAGAGAAAAUGAGCAACGCUCCCACAUCGACUCCCAAGAUGAUCGAGAAGAUGAAAAUAAAGUCAAAACUGUGCAGGGAAGAGGCCGAAAAAGCUGAGAAGCAGUACAUGGCAAAUGUGGAACAACUUGACCAAACCCGUCAGGACUGGGAGUUGGCGUUUAUAAGCACCUGCGAGAUGUUUCAACAACAGGAAGAAGAUCGCAUCAACAUUCUGAGAAACGCGAUGUGGGUUCACUCAAACCAUUUGUCCAGUCAGUGUGUGAGAGACGAUGAGUGUUAUGAGAAUAUACGGCUCGUUUUGGAAAAGUGUGACGCGACUGAGGACAACAACGCCUUUGUAGAGCUGAACACCACAGGCUCAACUCCCCCAGCUCCCGUUGUUUUCCAAAAUUACUACGAUCUCGACAUUUCCACUGAAAAACACGGAGGCAGCCGAUUUGUUGGUGUGAUGAAAAGGUUUUCAGGUCUUCUUCAGAGCACAGGAACAGCCUUCAAAGCGAACACGACUGAACCCGGCUUGCAGACGAUUGUUGAGUCUUCAGACGGAGUAUAUGCCUCUAUCCCAGGAAUUCAAGAAGAAAAUGAAGAAGACUUUAGAGUCAUGUACGACUACACGGCUCAGGGAGACGGUGAGCUUUCGGUGUGUGCGGGCGAGACUGUUACCGUGACGAUGCGCGGAGAGGACGGCUGGUGGACUGUCCAGUGCGGCGGACAAUCAGGCUUGGUUCCCGGCUCUUACCUCACACAGGAGCUCAGCAGCUAACGAGUGGGACCAUGAAACCCUGAUGUAGUUUUCUAGCAUGGACAGGCUGUGUGGACGUGCAGGGCCUCUCCAGACAACACGCCAUUAUUUAUAUAUUUUUAGGCAUAUUUCGUGUAUAGUUAGAGUAAUAUUUAUGCUUAUGUUAAGAUUUUUUGUUACAGAUUUGUUUAAUUUUGUUGGCAAAUACAUAAUAAUUUAGUGUUGCAUUAAAAUUUCACUAUUGCUAAUCGGCUACAGUUUGUCCACAUGUUGACUUAACAAAUAUUUUAAGUGUUUUAUUAUACUCGAAUUUGAGACAUUUAAAGACGCAAUAAGUGUUUCAGAAAGGGAACCUGUUUGUCUCCAUGGAGAUGUAAAUGCUUUGGUUGAAACUGUCCGCAGUAUGGCAUUAAACGAAUCUGUGGUGUA